UCAGAACGCUGUUUCAAGUGUGUUUAAAACACGGAUGUCAAUUAUGCAACAGUACUGGAACAAAAAGAUAGGCCUCAGUGGAGACACAGAAAAUAUGAGUCUAGAGUCGGGGCUGAAGAAUCUGACAUGCAAUUGUUCCAUCGAUAGCUUCAAGCGAAGCGUGUUUCCUGCUGCAUACCUGUUUCUCUUCUCCUUGGGCCUCCUAGCCAACAGUGCCUCCCUCUGGGUCUUCCUGAGUAUGUAUAGGAGGAAGAGGAAAAUGACCACAGUCAACCUAUACAUGGUGAACUUGCUAUUGUCUGACCUCAUGCUGGUGUGCUCUCUGCCCCUGAGGGCAGGAUACUACCUACUAGACUCCCACUGGCCUUUUGGGGACCUCACCUGCCGCCUGGCCUCCUUUGUGUUCUACAUCAACAUGUAUGGCUCUAUUUACUUCCUACUGGCCCUGAGUGUCAUCCGCUACCUGGCUGUGACACGCCCCUACACAUUCAUGAGUCUGGAGGGUGGAUCUUAUGGUUGGGCUGGGUGUCUUCUCAUCUGGAUCUUUGUGUCCCUGGCUUCUGCACCCCUACUGAGUGCGGGGACUACCCAGGAUGAGGAAGGGAGGACCCGCUGUCUGGAGUUGGGCAGUAAGUUGAGCACCAUCAUCCUUCUGAACCGUGCUUCCCUUGUGGUGGGCUUCACACUGCCCUUUACUGUGAUAUCUGUCUGCUAUGUGUGUGUGCUGCUAAGCCUGAGGCAGUGUAGAGCUGGGGUGGAGGGGAUGAGAAGACCCUCCAGAAGAAAGUCUUGUGCCCUUGUCAUCCUCGGAUUUGGCAUCUUCUUGAUCUGCUUCCUGCCCUAUCAUGUGGUGCGAACCCUCUUCCUAGCAGCAGAGCAGGACACUCUGAAAAAUGGCUGUGAGGAUACUUGCAGUUACCUCCAGGAUAUUCGGAAGGCUGCCGUGGUAACACUCUGUCUUGCAGCAGGGAACAGCUGCCUGGACCCGUUCCUUUUCUUCUUUGUGGGAGAACACUUCAGGGAUUUCUGCAUGAAAACUCGUCGGGGAGUUACAAGCAAAACAGAGAGACAGAGGUCUCACGAGCUGCAGCCUAUAUAAUUAACUGUCAACUCAUAAUGAAAUCAUCACAAAUAAUGCAUUUAAUAUCUACUUUGUAAUUAAAUGUAAAUAAAAUAUACUUAACUGGUAUUGUAUAAUAUGUAACAUCUCUCUAUUGUUUUUUAGUCAUCUGUAAAUGUAUUUCAAUAUGUAAAGAUGGAUCUCUAUUGAUGUAAUUUAUUGUCAUUCUCGAUUUGGAAUUAUUAGGUUAUUUUACAUAGCACAAAAUAGGGAUCCUUCAAUAACACCUAGCGCUUUGGUAGGAUGAAUUCUAGUAAUGUAAUUCCUGUACAGUGAAAUCUUUUCCAUUCAUAACAAUGGAGCCAUGUCGUCUAGUGGUGUGAGCCACAGACUUGGUUGCAGCAGCGAGGGCUCAAUUCCAGCCCCCUCCUAUUUCACCACACAAUCUUCUCUAUAUUUCACUCUGUAUUUCAACUGUCUCUCUUCUAUCAAUAAAAGCAUGAACUAACAUAAACAAAAUCAAUAUUAAACCAUUGAAAAUAGAUUCAGAAUGAUACCUCUAGUUGAUGUAACAUUU